AUGGCGUUGUUAUUUGAGAAAUGUGAACAAGCUACUCACUCGUCUAAUUUUCCUGACAGUAAAUUAUUUGACUCUGAUAUCCAGGCCUUCCUAGAACUGCAGAAACAGGAAAAUAAAAAUAUAUUUAGUGGUGAUCUGGAACUUGAUAAUUUGAUGGUGAAAUCAAUUCAAGUGUUAAGAAUUCAUUUGUUAGAAAUGGAGAAGGUGACAGACUUGUGUCAGGAUUUCUGUAACAGAUACAUUGGUUGUCUAAAGGGAAAACUUCAGAGUGAGUCAUUAUUAAAAGUGGACUUGUAUGAUUCUGACGAAGAUGACCCAGUCUCGCCUGUCGGAAUGAACCAAGUCCAAAAUCCUUUAUCGAAUCAACAAAUGGUAGCACAGGUUGUUAAUGGUAACAUCGUCAUGCAACCUGCAGUCCAACCCUCGGCGCUCUCCAUGGCAACCAUCAGUCAAGGUCAGAUAGUAUCGGGAAAUACUGUGUAUCAAAUGGUUCAGACACCACAAGGAAUUGUAGCUCAACCCAUUCAGCAUCCCUACCCUACAGAAGAUGAGAAGAAAACUAUCGCAUCACAAACAAAUUUAACACUACUACAAGUGAACAACUGGUAA